AAGGCUUACCCCCAGGGGCAAGAAGUCCUGGCCCUGAAUCCAUUGCCUCUAGCCUCUAGCUUAAAGGCUUGCCCCUAGGGGCAAGAGCCGCCUGCCCUGCAUCUAUAUGCCGCUAGGCUCUAGACUAAAGGCUUGCCCCUAGGGGCAAGAUCUUUCUCCACUAUGUCCUUGCAUGUGGUUUCUGUCCGAAAGGCUUGCCCCAAGAGGGUACAAGCUUCCCGCCCCCGGCAUCCUUACCCCUUAGAGUAAGAACUAAAGUGGCUUCGCUAAAACAAAUAACCGCGUGCGCUUCCUCUCUGCCUUCUCUCUGCCUUCCCUCUUCUUGCCUUCCCUCUUCUUGCCAUCUUCUUGUUCGCAUUUAACACCAGACCUAUUGCAAAAUGAAACGCCAAAACCCAUCAACCUCUAGUGAGGGAAGGAAGAAGCAGUGUUGUCAAGAGCCUAAGUCUAAAGCUGUAGCCCUUAAGGAGAUAGAGUUAGUUUAUGAGCUAGCAAAACCGUAUCAACUGGCGACAGCGAAAUUCCCGAUCGAUGCACUCACCCCAGAAUGGACUGUCGGCGGAAACCGAUCCAUCAACGAGGCGCACAAGCAGCGGCUUUGUCAUCGACUUAGAAUAGCGUGCACCAAAGAGCAGGUGAAGAAGAUGCUAGAUCAUCUCAGCUGGGAGCAGGCGCAGGAUGGACAGGUUGCCGCUGCAAGAGAGGAUAUGCGGGGAGAGGAGUUUGAGUGGCCUUCAUUUAAAGAUUGGGAUAUGGUAGUAGGAGAGAACGCCGAACUUAUGGCGGGCAAUUAUAGAGUAGAGGCUCUGAAGAAGCGCCUGCGGCUUUUGGGUUGCGGCAAGGAAGAGCGAUGGUGGAUUUGCGACAUUUACGACAAAGACGCACUGCCACCGCAUCUACGCACUAAGCUUCGGGCUAACCGAGAAGAUUUAAUUCUGCCUGACAACCAUGGCCAGAUAUGGACAGAGUUGGCGACCUUGUCGUCUUCAGAUAAUACACUUUUCCAGGGCCCAAAGACAGAGGUAGAGCGGCAAAUGCUAGAACACCUUGGGCUAAGUGGUCGAGUCAAAUUUCCAGUGAGGCGACUAGGCACUCUAUGGAGGAAUCAGAAUUGGAAGCAAAUGAUUACAAGAUGGUGCGAAUUCUCGCUUGGCCAGGCAACAUUUAACAUUUCUACAUUUGAAUGGAUGGCGAGCUGCAGGAUCGACGAUUUCUGGUUCACCACGUUCCACUCUGUAAUCGACUCAAUAUCUCAAAUACGCAGUAAAUUCAGCAUUGACGUCCAGUCUAGUGACUGGAUUCAGUUGGCAAGUCUCCCGCAAGUACGAAAGCCCGCAGAUGUUCAACAACUAUUCUACCCUAACCUGGACAACCAAAAAGACGUUACCCUCUGCCGGCAGCAAAACCUUUUCUUGACAGCUGGCGACGACGUAUACGAUAGUCUGUAUCGAUUUGUGCUUUCAACGCCAGACCUAGGCUUUGCGGACGUCCACUCCCUCCUUAAGACCACGAAGCAGGAGGGGAAGGUAAUGAGCAUUGUCAUGUCCCAUGUUUGCCAAUGGCUGAACCGUGAUCCUGCAAGAGUCGGCGAGCGUGACAACAACAAGCCUCUCCUACGCAAGGAUCUCCUGCCAGCUUUGCGGGAGAAGUGCGGCGAUGAUGCGGAGAAGCAGUCUAUAAAACUCCAGGAGCGUCUUUUGGG